CACUUGGCAUUCAAAGAGCGUUCUUGGAUUCCCAUUCUCUCUUCUCAAUUCUUUCUCAAAUAGAGUCAGAGUGGAUCAAAGAGAAGCAGGGCAACCAUGGAUUCCGCUAGGGUUGCGGAACUCCAGCAAUUGAUCUUCCUCUGCAAGUCCAACCCUGCUCUUCUUCACGACUCUUCUCUUGCCUUCUUCAAGGACUACUUGCAGGGCCUUGGCGGGCAUGUUCCGGAGAAGCCAGGAUUGGCUGAUCAUGAUGAGGAUGAAAUCAUUGAGUCAGAUCUGGAGUUGGAUGGUGAGAUUAUAGACCCUGAUGACGAUCCACCACAAAAGAUGGGAGAUCCAUCUGUUGAAAUUUCUGAAGAGAGGUGUGAUGCUGCUCAAUUGCUCAAAUCAAAAGCUAUGCAAGCAGUAGCUGAAAAUAAUUUGGAAGAAGCCAUUGACUAUCUAACGGAAGCUAUCUUGCUAUAUCCAAGUUCAGCUAUAUUAUAUGCUGCCAGAGCUAGAGUUUUUGUGAAAAUGAGGAAAGGAAGUGCGGCUAUUCGAGAUGCAGAUACUGCUUUAAAGAUAAAUCCCAAUUCAGCAGCAGGAUACAAGUCUCGAGGCAUGGCAUGGUCACUGAUGGCCCAGUGGGAAGCUGCUGCUAGUGACCUGCGCUUAGCAUCAAAAUUGGAUUAUGAUGAGGAAAUCUAUUCAAUUCUCAAGAAGGCUGAGUCUAAUGUCCGAAGAAUUGAAGAACAUCGAAGAAAAUAUGACCGGCUUAGAAAAGAGAAAGAGGCAAGGAGAAUUCAACAUGAAAAGCAUCAUCAGUCUGAAAAAUCAAGGCAGGAUCCUCAAGUUGAAGACCCCGACUCUCUGGCUGUCUUGAGAGAUGGUGAAGUGAUUAGCACUCACUCUUCUGAUGAACUGGAAAAGAAAUUGAAGGCUGCUCAAAAUUUGUCUAGAGUUGUGGUUCUAUACUUCACUGCAACAUGGUGCGGACCCUGCCGGACCAUGGGUCCAGUUUACACGAGCCUGGCGGAGAAGUAUCCCAAAGUCGUAUUCCUGAAAGCUGACAUUGAUGAACUCAAUGACAUUGCUCAUCGCUUGAACGUGAGCGGUGUACCGACAUUUUUCUUAGUGAAGGACGGGAAGGAGGUUGACAAAGUCGUGGGAGUGACUCGAAUUGGGCUUGAGACAAUGAUUAAGCGACAUACAGGACAGCUUUGAAAGAUCCUGGAAAGACAGCUAAAUUUUUUAUGGUUCUGCAGGAUAGCGUCUUCGUUGUAAUCAAAUCUGAACGAGCGAGCAGCCACGGCCAAGUUUUUGUGAAUUGGCAUUUCAGAUCCAGCCCUUGGCAUGACUGUUUGCUUUGCUUUUAAUGUGUAUGUUGGAUCUUUUAUGCAUGACAGCUUUAAUUUAGUAUGGUAGUAGUGUACAGUGUAGUUUUAUAUUCUUGUCAAAUGAGUACUUUUGCCUUCGGAA